AGAAAAAAAACUUUCUCAUAACCUCCAACCAGCGCUCGGUCCUGCGGAGGCGAGGCGGGGCGGGGAGGGAGGGUGAGUGCCCUGGGAGCCGGUUCAGGGCCUCGCCCCGCCCCUGGCCCCGCCUCCGGCUAGGCCGCUCCGCCUCGUCCCCUCCGAGUGGGCUGGCCCGGCUCCCCCUCCGCGGGGCUGAGUGGAUGAGCCCAGGCCUGAGCCCGCCCCUGCUCCGGAGCCGCCGUCCCCGACGCCCGGCCGGCGGUGCCAUCGCGCGAGGAGGAGGGGGUGCGCUUCCGCGGGCGGGGCGUCCAGCCCGCCGUCUCGGAGGCCGCGGCUCGGCCCGGCACUGCGGAGGGCCGCUUGGUUUCCCGGCACCCAGGUCGCGCGACUGCUAGGGCUGGAGUCGGUGGAUCCGAGCGGGUGCCACCAGCGGCGGCGCGCCGCCUCCCCCGGUGGGAGCGGUGGUUGGGCCAGGCUGCGGCAGAGCGUUCGCUCGGAGAUGGCGGAGCAGCCGCGACGCGGCCCGUGGCCCCGAGAGCAGGGAAGCCGGGCAGCCCCGGGACGCGGCGGAGCCCGGGGACAGCGGGGACGCCGCCCAGUCCUCCGGGUAUGAAGCCAAAAUGCAGCGGCUAAGAACGCGGCUCUGGAGCUUGACAGGCCUGAAGUCGAAUCCCAGCCCUCCCAUCAACUGAGCUGUGUGAUCCUGGGCAGGUUUCUAAGCUUCUCUGAGUUACUCAUAUGUGAAAUGGGGAUAAUGGAGCAUGUACCUUUUCCCUACCUCUUAGGGCUGGUGUGAAGAUUAAAUAUAUGUAAAGCUCUUGGAAGAAUGGCUGGCAAGUUGUAGGGAGGCAGAGAUUGAACUUUGCUGACCUUUGAUGUGAGGCACUCAGCCAGGGCCAAGGGGAGAGCCUGGCAAGAUUUGCAGCCUGAAGCCAUGGGCCAGGGGGCCAUGGUGACCUGAGACUAGUGGACUCUGUAUAGUUACCCCCUGCUUCCCCUUCUGCCUCCCCUACCCUAUACUAAGGGGACUCAUCUCCACCUCUUAAGGAAACUCCCCCUGAGGGAAUCCCUGUCCCGUAUUUUCCUAUCCUUCUACCCUUCCAAGACAGUCCUAGCCUAUAGAACUCCUACCUCCCAUCCCCUGAGGUGGGCCCCAUUCCUCCCUCCCUUCCUCCCCCCGCCAUGCUCCAGUUGUGGAAGGUGGUACGCCCAGCUCGGCAGCUGGAACUGCACCGCCUCAUACUGCUGCUGAUCGCUUUCAGCCUGGGCUCCAUGGGCUUCUUGGCUUACUAUGUGUCCACCAGCCCUAAGGCCAAGGAACCCCUGCCCCUGCCCUUGGGAGACUGCAGCAGCAGUGGGGCAGCUGGUCCUGGCCCUGCACGGCCUCCAGUUCCACCUCGGCCCCCCAGGCCUCCAGAGACAGUUCGAACUGAACCUGUGGUCCUUGUGUUUGUGGAGAGUGCAUACUCACAGUUGGGGCAGGAAAUUGUGGCCAUCCUGGAAUCUAGUCGUUUUCGUUAUAGCACUGAGUUGGCACCUGGCCGAGGGGACAUGCCCACAUUGACUGAUAAUACCCAUGGCCGCUAUGUCUUGGUCAUUUAUGAGAACCUGCUCAAGUAUGUCAACCUAGAUGCCUGGAGUCGAGAACUGCUAGACCGGUACUGUGUGGAGUAUGGUGUGGGCAUCAUUGGCUUUUUCCGAGCCCACGAGCACAGCCUACUGAGUGCCCAGCUCAAGGGCUUUCCCCUUUUUUUACACUCAAACUUGGGGCUCCGGGACUACCAAGUGAAUCCUUCUGCCCCGCUACUGCAUCUCACACGUCCCAGCCGCCUAGAACCGGGGCCACUGCCUGGUGAUGACUGGACCAUCUUCCAAUCCAAUCAUAGUACAUAUGAACCAGUGCUUCUUGCCAGCCUUCGGCCAGCUGAGCCCCUGGUGCCAGGACCAGUUCUUCGUCGGGCCCGGCUUCCCACUGUGGUACAGGACCUGGGGCUUCAUGAUGGCAUCCAGCGGGUGCUCUUUGGUCACGGCCUUUCCUUCUGGCUCCACAAACUUAUCUUCGUUGAUGCUGUUGCAUACCUCACUGGCAAGCGCCUCUGCCUGGACCUCGACCGCUACAUCUUGGUAGACAUCGAUGACAUCUUUGUGGGCAAGGAAGGGACCCGCAUGAAGGUGGCUGAUGUUGAGGCUCUGUUGACCACCCAGAACAAACUCAGGACCUUAGUCCCCAACUUCACCUUCAACUUGGGCUUCUCGGGCAAGUUCUAUCAUACUGGGACAGAGGAGGAGGAUGCAGGGGACGACAUGCUGCUGAAGCACCGCAAAGAGUUCUGGUGGUUCCCCCACAUGUGGAGUCACAUGCAGCCACACCUGUUCCACAAUCGCUCCGUGCUGGCUGACCAGAUGAGGCUCAACAAACAGUUUGCUCUGGAGCAUGGGAUUCCCACGGAUCUGGGGUAUGCUGUGGCCCCCCACCACUCGGGCGUGUACCCCAUCCACACGCAGCUCUAUGAGGCCUGGAAAUCCGUGUGGGGCAUCCAGGUGACCAGCACUGAGGAGUAUCCCCAUCUCCGCCCUGCCCGCUACCGUCGUGGCUUCAUUCACAAUGGCAUUAUGGUGCUGCCCCGGCAGACUUGUGGCCUCUUCACUCACACAAUCUUCUAUAAUGAGUAUCCUGGAGGCUCUCGUGAACUAGACCGGAGCAUCCGAGGUGGAGAGCUCUUUCUGACAGUGCUGCUUAAUCCGAUUAGCAUCUUUAUGACCCAUCUGUCCAAUUAUGGAAAUGACCGGCUGGGCCUGUACACCUUUGAGAGCUUGGUGCGCUUCCUCCAGUGCUGGACACGGCUGCGCCUACAGACCCUUCCUCCUGUCCCGCUUGCACAGAAGUACUUUGAACUUUUCCCUCAGGAGCGAAGCCCCCUUUGGCAGAAUCCCUGUGAUGACAAGAGGCACAAAGAUAUCUGGUCCAAGGAGAAAACCUGUGAUCGUCUCCCGAAGUUCCUCAUUGUGGGACCCCAGAAAACAGGGACUACAGCUAUUCACUUCUUCCUGAGCCUGCACCCAGCUGUAACUAGCAGCUUCCCUAGCCCCAGCACAUUUGAGGAGAUUCAGUUCUUCAAUGGCCCUAAUUACCACAAGGGUAUUGACUGGUACAUGGAUUUCUUCCCUGUUCCUUCCAAUGCCAGCACUGAUUUCCUAUUUGAAAAAAGUGCCACCUACUUUGACUCAGAGGUUGUACCACGGCGGGGGGCUGCCCUCCUGCCACGAGCCAAGAUCAUCGCAGUGCUCACCAACCCUGCUGACAGGGCUUACUCCUGGUACCAGCAUCAGCGAGCCCAUGGAGACCCAGUUGCUCUGAACUAUACCUUCUAUCAGGUGAUUUCAGCCUCCUCCCAGACCCCUCUGGCACUACGCUCCCUGCAGGACCGCUGUCUUGUCCCUGGCUACUAUUCUACCCAUCUACAGCGCUGGCUGACUUACUACCCCUCUGGACAGUUGCUGAUUGUGGAUGGGCAAGAGCUGCGUACCAACCCAGCAGCCUCAAUGGAGAGCAUCCAGAAGUUCCUGGGUAUCACACCCUUUCUGAACUACACACGGACCCUCAGGUUUGAUGACGAUAAGGGAUUUUGGUGCCAGGGACUUGAAGGUGGUAAGACUCGCUGCCUCGGCCGGAGCAAAGGCCGGAGGUAUCCAGAUAUGGACACUGAGUCCCGUCUUUUCCUUACGGAUUUUUUCCGGAACCAUAAUUUGGAGUUGUCGAAGCUGCUGAGCCGGCUUGGACAGCCAGUGCCCUCAUGGCUUCGGGAAGAACUGCAGCAUUCCAGUCUGGGCUGAUGUCCCAGCCUCCCAUACCAGCAAAAUGCCCUCUGCUUCCCUAAGGGGCAAGCCCAGAGCAGGGCCCACAAGGGGGAUUAGAGUGGCCUGGCCCCUCCCCCUCUACCUCAGUAGCCCCCUAAGAAGGGAAGAGUAUCCUUUUCCCAUAGCUCUGGGGCGAAUAAAGGGACUUCCUUUGGUACCCCACAUCAUGGUACUAGGUACCUUUGACCCAUCAUCUUGGGAGGUGGGGAGGAAUGAGAGGGUUCAGGCAGGGUGUAGGGGAAUGUAUUAGUCCAAUGAGAUUUCCCUUUUCAUCCACAGCAGUGUAUCUAUCUAUACCUGGCUAUGGGAGGGACCCCUUGCUAUGGCCCCUUUAGUCAGGCAGUGGGAUCUACCUGUGGCCCGGCCUCCCUAAUGUCAUUCACAUUGAAUGGGGAUGAGGUCGGACAGUGGCUCAUAGAGCUGAGUAUGAGCCCUAGCUGUGGGCUAGAAAUGUCCUUAAUAAACAUCCUUAUUUUUCUGUUU